GGUAUUGUAUGGUCUUCCGACGAAACCCAAGCAUUAAUAAGCCUAUGGGCUGACGAGAAAAUUCAGGCUUUAUUGGAGGGUGCUAGACAUAAUCACAAAAUUUUCGCCAAGCUAGCGGAAAAUUUGAAUGAAAAAGGUUUUGAGGCCAGGGACGGUAAACAAUGUCAAGACAAGGUUCGAAAACUGAAAUUAAAAUACCGGUCAAUCCUCGACAACAACAACAAGUCGGGAAAUUCCAGGAAGAACUGGGAAUUUUUUGAGGUUAUGGACCGGGUUUUAGGCUCGAGACCUACUUCUAGA